AUGGCCAUGGACGGCACCCAUAUCCCAGUGGCUGUCCCAUCGAGCAUGGUUGCCCGAUUCCAAAGUCGGAAGGGCGUCACAAUGAACGUCUUGGCUGCCUGCGACUUCGACCUCAAGUUCACAUUCGUUCUGGCUGGCUGGGAGGGGACCGCAGGAGACGGCAAGAUGUUCGAAGCGGCCAAGCGAUUGGGAAUUGAGGCAACCGGUGACCAAUUCGACUUGAUGGACGCUGGCUUCGUACUCUCGAAGCAUUGCCUCACUCCAUAUCGUGGGAUGCGUUACCACUUGAAGGAGUAUGGGCGGGGGUCACGUCGUCCACUGACCAAGGAAGAAAUCUUCAACCUCCGGCACGGGCAGCUUCGGAAUGUGAUUGAAAGGAUUUUUGGCAUUCUGAAAAAGCGUUUUCCUGUGCUUGUGUAUCCAGUUGAGUAUGAUUUUGCCUUCCAAGUGGAUAUGGUUUUGCUGCCGCCGACGAUGAAGCUCAAAGAAACGACCGAGUUGAAGAUGCUCUACCAGACGAGCCAGAAAGCAACGAAGCCAAGCUUUGGCGAGACUCAAUUUGCUUCAGCGAUUUGGAGCCAGUACCAAACAACACUGCGCAACCGCCGUCGACAGAGACAAAUAAAUUAG